CUCAGACAGGUAGGGAGCCAUUUCACCAUAAUUCAUCAUAACUUAUUGUGUACUUUGAUAUCGUGAAAGGGAAUCGUUGAUGCAAGGAGGUGUUAGGACUUCACAUUUUCUUAAAGAGUGAAGGAAUUACAAGUUGAGAUACCCCGACUACCUGCAACUCGGAAAAAGGAGAGAGAAAUACAAAGAAGAAACAGAGAGGAGCGAAAAGAACGCAAAAGAAAAGAGGGAAAAUGCAGCAAUCGAUGACGCUUUUGCUCUGCCUCUUCCUGGCAUCAGCAACACACAGCGCGAGACUCCGAAAGCGCCAAGCUGAAACCACGGUCGACACUUCACACAUUUCCGACAACCAAUUACUCUCUCUCUUCCAAGUUUCCCUUAAUGAAGAUUCUACCCCUAAUCCGCCUAAUCCUUCUCCACCGGGAUUUUCCCCGGGUGUGUCCUCCCCUCCCGCUGUUUCACCCACCGAUCCGGAUGCUACUAUCACUGGGGGAUGUACGUGUGUUAAGGAGUGGGAGUGUGCGGAUAACGACGUAGAGCCCCUCGAAGGACCUCAGAAGGAGAGCCUUGUGGGUGAUCCAAGAUUUGACAUUGUGGGAGUCGUCGAUCUCAAAUUCAACGGAAUGUGUCCCGACUUAGAGGACGUGUGUUGCCUCUCGCCCAUCCCCACAGCCGUCCCGACCCCCACACCCAGACCCCACACCCCGAGAUGUGGGACGAUUAAUACAAAUGGAGUCAUCCUGAAUUUCCAGGGAUUUCCGGACAACCAAGCGCAGUUUGGUCAAUUCCCGUGGAUAGCCGCCCUCAAGACACUCCGGCGGCUCGCCAACGACCCCGAAAACGGCUACAUUGGGGGCGGUUCCCUCGUCCGGCCGGGGGUCGUCAUGACAGCGGCCCACAAAGUGCAUGACCGUGAGGUCCAAAACCUGGCGGUGCGACUUGGCGAGUGGGACAUCAGCUCGACCUCCGAAGCCAUCCCUUACCAGGAGAUCAAGGUGCAGGAAGUCAAAGUCCAUCCACAGUUCAACAUCAAAACCCUCGCCUACAAUGUGGCCCUACUCUUCCUUGAGAGAGAAGCUACUCUGGGCCCCACCGUGGAUACCGUCUGCCUUCCCGAGCACGACCAGUUCUUCGAUGGCGCCUCGUGCUUCAGCGGCGGUUGGGGCAAAGACAGCUUCGGCCGCACUGGGAGAUACCAGAAGAUUAUGAAGGCCGUGCAGCUGCCGGCCACCAACUUCGAGCAAUGUGAGACGGCCAUGAGGACAACCAGGCUGGGCAGCAACUUCAAACUCCAUCCGACGUUCAUGUGCGCGGGCGGCAGGGAGGGGGAGGACCUGUGCACGGGCGACGGCGGCGCUCCGCUCGUGUGCCCCAGCCAGACGAGCCCGAAUCAGUAUGUGCAGGUGGGCAUUUCUUCGUGGGGUAUUGGGUGCGGAAAUGAGGGCAUCCCUGGAGUUUAUGCCUCAGUCAGUGAGCUCAUACCCUGGAUCAGUCACGAGUUGGAUGCAAGAGGUUUCGACCCACGUUUUGGGUAAAAGAAAGAAAGAAAGAAAGAGAGAGAGAGAGAGAGAGAGAGAGAGAGAGAGAGAGAGAGAGAGAGAGAGAGAGAGAGAGAGAGAGAGAGAGAGAGAGAGAGAGAGUGAGUUUGAGGAAGGGAUUGAAUGAACUGGGAGGAAGAUAUAAGAAUAUUUAUGCGCGACUGUGUGUAUAUUUUCGUGUGCGUCUAUCUGUUUUAAGCUUACAUUGCAUUUCUGGAAUCCUUUUUAGGACGCUGCUGUAGUUGCCACACUGCACAUAAAAUAUUGAUUCUAUUCAGGCCUCCUUGCCUGCCAGAGCGACCUGUGAGACACGUAGGUACAUUAGGGAAGGGUUGGAGCCGAGCCAAGUAGGCAAACCUUUAGCGUACCCAUGGCAGGGGCAGAUUUUAUGUUUCAUCUUACCUGCUUACAAAAUGUGUCUAUUUGUCAAUGUAAUAAAUUAAGGGGUUGCCUCAAGAUUUUAUGUUUCAUCUUAAAUGCUUACAAAAUGUGUCGAUUUAUUUGUCAAUGUAACAAAUUAUCAGAAAUCGUUUUUGCUUUCACAUUUACACGAGUGCUAUUAUUUUCCAUUUGUAUGUCUAUCCCUAUAUCUGCCUGUUGUUGCAGAGGUAGAAUAACCUGGUAUAUCAGUUACUGUGCAAAAUGCUGUGCUACUGUUUGCGAAUAUUUUUUUUAUUAUUUGCUAAAGGAUAUAUAUCAUGAGAGUUUCCUAUGUGGUGUAGAUGAUAGUACUAAAAUUAUAAUGAAUAUAAUAGUACUCAAACUGAUAUGUAUGUUAUUAGUUUGGGUAUACAAGUUUGUAUGCAGGCACUAUAUUUUUUGUCAGUAUACACAUAUAUGUCAGUAUUCCAGUGUGUUUGUGUUUGUAUAAUGAUUCACAUAGUUAUGUAUAAAGAAAUGCACCAAGAGCAAAUAAGAUUAUAUCGUUAA